AAUCUAAUCGCCUCAGUAUGAUGUUCAUUCGAACUAAGAUUUCUGCUAGUAUUCGUGGUUCAAUUCUAGAAUGCAAAACAGUCAAUGAGUUACUGAAGGCUAUUGAUGAACAGUUUGAGUCUUCAGAUAAAGCACUUGCUAGCACCCUAAUGACGAAGUUAUCAUCAAUGAGGCUCACCGGUAUUAAAGGUGUGCGCGAGCACAUCAUGAAGAUGAGAGACAUUGCAGCUCAACUGAAAUCCUUGGAGGUUACGAUGUCGGAUUCUUUUCUUGUGCAUUUUAUUUUGAAUUCUCUCCCACAACAGUAUGGUCCCUUUAAAAUUUCUUAUAACACACAUAAAAAUAAAUGGUCUAUUAAUGAAUUAUUGACCAUGUGUGUUCAAGAAGAAGGGAGGCUGAUUAUGGAAAUGGGAGAGAUUGCAUAUAUGGCCACUCAAGGAAAGAAUAAGUUUACUCAAGCAAGGCAUAAAGGAAAAGGUAAAAUACCCAUCCAGCCUAAAGUAAAGAAGGAAUCCAAGUGCUUCUUUUGCAAAAAGAAAGGACAUCUGAAGAAGGAUUGCCUCAAAUUUAAGGCAUGGCUUGAGAAGAAAGGGUUUUCUAAACCAGAGGAAACCAGUGGGAAGUGAACAAAGCAUCUAUUCAGGCAACAAGAUGCGUUCACAUGUGGAGGCAAUUGGGACAUGCAGGCUGAUUUUACAUUCUGGCUUUGUUUUAGAUUUAGAAAAGACUUUUUAUAUUCCUAGUUUCUCUAGGAAUUUAAUUUCAGUUUCUAGACUCGUACCGUUUGGAUAUUCCUUUAAUUUUAUGAAAAACUCAUUUGAUUUGUUUUAUAAAUCUGAGCUUG